UUUCAAGCACCUUGUGCCAUUUCAGAAGAUAAACUUUCAAUAGGCCAGUGCUUAUCUGCAUGCUUCCUGGCUGGCUACGAUUUAAGCUCUACUGGCUUGGACAACUCGCGCAGUUGAACCUUGCUAACUCGUGUGAGUGCUCAGCAGGAACAUGGGGAAUUACUGAAUUUUUAUCAGUAGGAGAAAAACUCAAAAGCAAAGAUAAUGAAUCACAAAAGUGCUGCCAAGCUCCUGGAGAAGACUCCGUUCUCUGUCAGCACCCCGAACCCGCUGCUUCCUUCCCCUGCAAGUCUUCAGCUCGCCCAGCUCCAGGCUCAGCUUACGCUGCACAGGCUAAAAUUGGCCCAGACAGCAGUGACCAACAACCCAGCAGCUGCCACCGUCCUCAAUCAGGUCCUCUCCAAAGUGGCUAUGUCUCAGCCGCUCUUUAACCAGCUAAGACAUCCUUCUGUGAUAAACGCUGCUCAGGGCCACGCCGCAGGACCGCCACCAGGUCCUGGGAUCGCUAACGCCAGGUUUCCGUCCAGCGGGCUGGGUUUUCCAGCGCAGAGCCCAGCGCUAGCAGCGCCAGGAGGGAGCCUGGGGGCCGUCGGGAACGUCCCAGCCCAAGCCGCGGGCGCUAUCGUCAUGAACCCCUUCGGAGGCGUGAUGGCUCCCGCUUCCAGCCAGCAGGCUGUGGUGCUGGGGCUGAACAAGGCGGGCCAUUCCUCCGCGGCCGGCGGGUUUUAUGAGUACGGCAAGCAGAACGUCCCUGCCCCUCAGGUGUACGCUGCGGACGCGGAUCAAUCCAGCCAGCACGGCUUCCUGGCUGGCGGGCCGCAUCCUGUCACCUCCUCUGCAGGGGUCCACUAUGAGGGUCAUUUUGGCCCUUCGAGCCAGCCCAAGCAUGACAGCCAGCCCGGCUUCCAGAAGGACGUCUACGGUACGAGUGCGAAAGGCCAGCGUGCGGCGGCACUGGCUUUCCCCAGCGAGCUGCACACGAAUUCCCAUCAGAAAGGAGACCCAGGCUCCGUCUUACAUGGCACAGGUACAAACAACCAGUGGGAAAAUAUCCCUAAUUUCGCCAGCCAAAACAAGCCUGACCUCAUGCCCAGUGACAGCAUGUGGCCAUCAACAAGUCAGCAGUAUGAAAUAAGAAACGAGCUCUACAACCCUGAAGAACCGACACCUGACACAAAGUUUAGUGCUGCCGCUCCCCCCGCGUUUAGCAGGCUCAACAGUAGUAAACAGAGUUUUAGCAGUUCUCGGCUGAGGCAGAAUGAGGAACUGAGCACCAAUACGCCCGAUCUGCCCAUGCGAUCGCUGCAGCCUCACGAGCUGAACGACUUCCACGGCAUAGCCCCGCUCCACUUCCCGCACGUCUGUGCCAUAUGCGACAAAAAAACCUUUGAUCUGAAGGACUGGGAUCAGCACACUAAGGGAACUCUUCACAUCCAAAAAUGUAUGGCUUUUUCAGAUAACACUGGUAUCCGGUGCGUAUUAAGUUCAGCAGAAGGAACAUUGCAUUUAUCUCCAAAUAAUGCAUCAGUUUUCAACCCAUCUAGUAUCGAAGAUUAUCCACCAAAUGUCGGCUCAUCUUUUAUCACUACAUCAGCAAGAUCUUUUGGCCAGCCAGCUCCUACAUUUUCGUCUCUUCCAUCAGGGUUUCCCCAGAGGAAAUCUGCACUGGGUCGAGUGGUUCACAUCUGCAACCUCCCCGAGGGAAGCUGCACGGAGAAUGAUGUCAUUAACCUGGGCCUUCCAUUUGGGAAAGUCACCAACUACAUCCUCAUGAAGUCUACUAACCAGGCCUUUCUGGAAAUGGCUUACAGUGAAGCAGCACAAGCCAUGGUGCAGUACUACAAAGAAAAACCUGCUAUGAUAAAUGAUGACAAAUUACUUAUUAGGAUGUCUAAAAGAUACAAGGAAUUGCAGCUGAAGAAACCAGGUAAGAACGUGGCUGCUAUCAUCCAGGACAUCCACUCGCAGAGGGAGAGGGACCUGCUCCGGGAAGCGGACAGGUAUGGCACAGAGAGACCCCGCUCUCGCAGCCCCAUCAGCCGCUCCCUGUCGCCCAGAUCCCACACUCCCAGCUUUACCUCCUGCAGUUCACCCCACAGCCCACUGGGAACCAGCAGGACAGACUGGGGAAAUGGCAGAGAGCCGUGGGAUCAGUCCCCCUAUUCAAGAAGGGAAGAGGAAAGAGACAGCAGAGAAUGGCGAGAGAAUGGGGACGAGAAGAGGGAUAGGACUGACACGUGGGUACAUGAGAGGAAACAUUAUUCCCGACAGCUGGACAAGUUUGAUUUGGAUGAACGGAUUGAAGGAGGCAGAGGGCACAGAGAAAAAUAUUUAAGGAGUGGUUCCCCUGGCUCCCUUCACCCUUUAUCUGGCUACAAGAGCAGGGAAGAUGACUAUUACAGAAAAGCCUCUAAAUCAAAAUCCGACAAGUUUCAAAGGCAGCUGCAGGAGUUGCCUGGGAGAUCUAAGAGAAAGGAAGAGGCAAAGUUAAGGGAGCGGAGACAUUCUUACAGUGAGGAGGCUGCGAGGGAGGAGACGGCUGAACAGAAGCACAGCAAAGCAUCUGAGGGCUCCAGGCAAAAACUCAGUGAUAAGAAUAAAGUUAAGAAGGCUGACAGAGACCAAGAGGAAGAUGCUGCUGCUGAAGGCAAUGAUGUGAAGGAAACCAAACCUCCUGAGAAUGAGCUUGGAAAAAAGGAGCAAGUUCCAGAGAAGAGCCCACCUUCAGCUAAUAAACAAGAAAAAGAAUCUGGAGAGAUUCUGGAAAACACGAGAAAGGAGAAGGAAAGAGACUGGGAGAGUGGAAGUGAGAUAGAAGGUGAGACCUGGUAUCCUGCUAACAUGGAGGAAUUAGUGACAGUAGAUGAAGUAGGAGAAGAUGAUCUAAUUAUGGAGCCUGAUAUCACUGAGCUUGAAGAAAUAGUACCUGUUGAUCAAAAAAAUAAAGCCAUCUCAGAAAUGUGUCCCUGUAUGUCAACCACAUUAGAACUGAAAAAUGAUCAUAGCCACUUAACCAGGAAUGAAGACAAAUUUGCCCAUAAAGCUUUAGAAACAAACUUCAGAUCAGCAAAGGGCAGUGUAGCUUCUUCUGGUGGCUGUCAGGAUGAUGAGGAUGAUGGUAAUGAUGAUGCGGUUACUGAAGCAUCAAGCCUAAAUCUGGACCCUGAGCAGAAACCAGAGGAAUCGCAAGAAGACCAACCUGCUAAGGAGUCUGAUCACCAGCAGAAGGAAGAAAAAAUUGAUAAAAGCUCUGACGUUCAUUUAGAGCCUGAAGAUCGCCAUAUACCUUCUGUUCAGCUGAAAGAAGAGACUCUCCAGCUCCCUGACACAUUCAUAGAUGAUUACAAACAGAUGGGAUCACAAGGAGCUGAGAAUAGAGAAGUUAUGGAAAUGCUUGUUAAAAAUGCUGGUGAAGAAACAAGACAUGGAAGCCAAGAGUGUUCAGAGGCCAAGGCAAAUUCCAGGUACCUGGAAAUGAGACCUCUUGACUACCCGGAGGUAGACUCGAAGCGAACCCAUUCUCCGCCAGGCUGGGAACAAGAGGAUGUGUUCACAGAACUCAGCAUUCCCCUAGGUGUGGAAUUUGUGGUGCCCAGAACUGGGUUUUACUGUAAGCUCUGUGGACUCUUCUACACAAAUGAAGAGACAGCAAAGACAAGUCACUGCAGAAGUACUGUUCACUACAGAAAUCUUCAGAAGUAUCUAUCCCAGCUUGCAGAAGAGAGCCUGAAAAUGAAUGAAGAAGGCAGCACUCUGCACCAGGAUGACGCUGGAAUCGUUCCUCACUUUGAGAAGAAAAAACUGUGAUGUGGAUGAACUGGAAGAGCUAUAAUGAGUGAAUGCUGAUACUUCUUUUUUUAUUUCUAUGGUAUAACUGUCAAUUUGCACUGUACAGAGGAGGGGAAAUAAAGAGCAUGUUCCAUGCAUCUAUGCCCAGAGUGCCAUUAAAAACCAAAAUGCCUGAAACAGUUUCCCACGGUGAAGCAAUGCUGGCAUAUCUGUAACAAGUGGAGCAAUUCUUUCUCACACUGUGAGCUGGGAGUGGUUUCCUAGAUUAAAUCAGAAUUCUCAGGGAUUCUUAAAGUUUUAAUUCUGAUGUGACACGUCAGAUCAGGCAGAGUAUUUAGAAGGACUCAGCAUCCUCCAGUAGACGCUGGAAGGAAAGGAAAUGUGACUAUAAAUAGUCUUUAAUGUUGCUUAAAAUAUUUUCAGACACUCAUUACCCCAAUGAGAAGUAGGAUUUGCAUAGGACACCUAAAACCAUUGUGCUAAACCUAAUCAGUAGAUGGCAUAAUGUAAACCCGGUUGGCAUCCAUCUCCAUGUCUUAGAGCUUGGAGAAAUGACAAAUAUCUGUGUCAUUGGGCAUUGACUGCACUUCCUGUUAUAUGAAUGCAGAGGGAGCCACAGUCUGUGUCCCAGCGAGCUCAUAGCCUGAACCCAGCACAGCGAGAACAUUCACAUGCGUGUGCUGGCAGCUGACCUGCGCCGGUUCUCAACAUUUUCCGUGGUGUGAUCAAGAUGUUCUCCAUUUGUCCUCGUGUUUAGAACUCUUCUUGAUCACUCUAGAGAGUGCUAACUUUGAGUGUUACAGACUUGAAACUCCCACAAGAGUCUUUUAAAGCGCCACAUGUUUGGACCAUGCUACUUGUAGACAUAUUUAGUCAAGAUGUUUGCUUUUGGAGUCUUCUUGUUUUUUGUUUUUUUUUUUCCCAAACUUGUUUUUCCUCAAUUUGGCAACCUUGAAUUUUCCUGGUCUGUAUGGAAAGAUGCCAGACUUUUCAUAUUGUUUUUGUAUUUUACUUCCCAGAAUUUUUUAGGCAAAUACAACAACUGAUGGCUCACAGAAUACUGCACUGAGAACACAGGAUGCACCAGCAGCUCUGGCAUUAUUAUGAGCUAUUGUUUCUGCACAGUUGUUGCUUAGUAUUUUGCAAACUGCCUUUGAAAUGCACUGUACAAGUUUCUGGUUCACUUCAAUAGGGCUUUGUGUAGUAAAGUGAAUACGUAUGCAAACCAUUGCCAGAAUUGAUCCUGGAGUUAUGCUUUUAUAAAAAGCGCCAUGCAAUCUAGACAGAUGGGGAUUUGCAGACAUUUUUCUAUUCUUUGCCUGACUCUAAUAUUCAUCACAGUAAGUUCUGCACAAAUUGCUGGUGUUAGAUGUCCUGUUUAGAUGUUGUGUGGAGGAAAUAGUUUUCCAGGAGAUUCUAGCCAUCCCUAAGAAUGACAUGGGUGUCAAAAAAUAUUGCACAGUGACUAAAUUGCCAAAAUUGCCUUCACCAAAGUAUUUGGCCCAUUAUUACCUGUGCCAGCAGCCAUACUCUUUUUCCGAAAUACCUCUUAGCCGGGCAGUGUCUCCCCUGGGUGCCCGGUGUUGUUGUGUUAGACUCUGUUCCAAUUCACGGCCUGUGUUUUCCAUUCAUUUUUACCAGAGGUGGGUUCAGAUUUCAUAGCUGGAAACCACAUUUCUCACAAGUUCAGGGAUUCUUUGCAUCCCAAAUUCAGACAUGGCCCAUUUGAAAGAAAGGGGGAAAUGAAAAGCAUUACAGCAUAAAUCCUCCUUUGUCCAGACUUGAAAUAUGUUAAAAUUUGGGCCAAUCUGCCCUUUAAAACAGCUUUUUUUGGUUUUCCCCAUGUAAAAAAAAUUGCAAAACAAGUUAUUCUUCCUUCAAGGGUUGGGUUUUAUUUUGAUUGUUUUUCACACUGCAGUGAAAUAUGAGCACAAAGCGAGAGCUUGUAUUACAGAGUAUAUGAUUACGAAAAUGGCAGUAAAAAUUGUGCAAUUGUCUUUUAAAGCACAGCUCUCAAGGUGGUCAUGUAUCGUCUGAAUAUGAAGUUCCCUUCAUGCCCAUCAGCACAAUCUGAGCAUAAGGGAAGGAAAUCACUCCAAAUGCAAGCAUCCAAUUUUUGAAGCCUACCCUGCUAUCAAACUGGGUCUCUCACUUGCCUAAUGGGAGUUUGUUAGACCACGUGGUUAAGCUUAAUUGGAUCUGAGACAUGGCUGACUAUAUAUCAAAGUCAUAUGCUUCCAGCAGCUUUAUCCCCAGCUAACCUCAAGUGAGAAAAGUAUCACUGUUAUUAUUCUUUAUUUUUAUUGCAGUAGAAGCUACGGGUCCACUGCCUUUAUUAUAGGCACAAAUCCACAACAAAGACUUUCCCAGGACAAAGAGCUUUAAAUCAGCCUUUUAGAAAACAGACAACAGGUGGAUACAAGCAGGCAGGGAAAGCAAUAGGUAACCAUGAGAUUUUGACUGGGAGCAGCAGAAUUAUUAAAAGGAGUGUUUGCCCAGGGGCUCAUUUUUGGAUUUAAGGGAGAUGAUUCAAACUACUUCCCUCCUCCUCAAAUUCUGACACCAGAGUCACUCCCAUCAUUCACAACUCACACAUUUAACCUCCUUUUUUUCCUGACCAGUUGUAUUGGACAUGCAAAAUCUCUUCUUUACAGUAUGGGCCUUGGUAUCCUGCAGACCCUGGUUGAGAUAUGCUCACCUCAGUUUCAGCCUCCAUCCUGGUCUGCAAAAGCUGGAGUCUUGACCAAGGCUCACCAGGAAUUGUCCAGGCUCCAGAUAGCUUGUUUGGGUCAUCAGUCCCUUGCUUGCCACUGAGGAAGCCAGAAGCUCCAGGUGGCAUCUCUUCUGUAUGGAGAGUCCUCUUCUGGAAGCAGGUGACUCAAGUGGGUGAUGCAGGUGCAGUGCCUAGUCCCAUAAAUGUGAUCAGAUCCAGACAUUUGUAGAGGAGAUCUGGAUUCCCCAUUCUUUUGGGCUCUCUCCUGGCAUGACAGCAUUCUGCACAAUCUUGGGUACAGCCACACAGGCAGCUCUCCUUCUGAGAAGGUCCUUUCUCCCCUUAAAAAUCCAACAUUUUAAAGCAGUUAAAAGCAAUCCCAAGUCUUGACUAAUUCCUAACAAUCCCUAUGGUCUGUUUUCAGCCUGAUGCACUUUGAGAUUUCAGAGGAAAUCUUCCCCCGCCUCGCACAACGGGCCAUCAUGCAAUACUGACAGGCACUCAACUCCUCAGCUUCUCUCUACUACCUAUUCUGCUGAGGAAGAACACCACUGUAGGCAGCCACUUAACUUUCUCAGCUUGUGUAAAAAUGUGUUGUUUCUUUCAAUUUAUUAUAUUCAAAAUCUUUACUUUUCCUAGUUGGCAUAAUUCAUCAUCACUAUAAUAUAUGCUGUUUAUUAAUACAUAUUUAUAUUUUAUAUAUAUAUAUAUAUAGCACAAAGCAGGCUCAGGUCUAGCCAAAAAAAUAUUGAUAUUUUAAAAAGAGCUUCCUUAAUAUAUAGAAAUCAUUUCAACACAUCUCAACCAAAGAUUGCACUUUUUGAAUAGGGACUAUGUUUUUCAUCUGUGUAAAAUUUGUAUCAAUCUCAAAUAGUCUUUAAUGUCAAUUUGCAACUUACUUUCUUUGAGGUAAAAAUAAAAAAAAAAAACUCUUGCCCCAUAAGGUUUGCCAAAGUUUCAUGUUGGCUUUAACACUAAAUUAGUGUUAGGCUGGUUAUAUUCAGGGUUUUUCUAUUCUCUGAGGAUUAAGGCUGUGAUUUGUUGAAUUAUACUUGAACUGGACCAGAUAAACUAUUUAUUGAGCUUAUAUAAUCUCAUUAAUUUAAGUUUUGGCUUGUAAACAGUUGGAAUUUGUAGUACUCGUCUAAUUAUAUAGGACCUGUCACCAAUAUUAACUGAUCUGUGUAACUGAUUGCAAAGUGUUUCAAUUUGUGUUUCUUAAAAAGAAAGAUUUUAAUAAAGAGAAUUAUAAAGCAUA